CCCACAUGUCGCUUACUCGUUUUAUUUACAGUCCUGCGAAAACCACCAGUAGUACGUUAUUUUACUGCUGCAUGCUGUUUCCGAUUUAACUCGAGAAUUAUUUUGUGUUUAGCUAAAAAAGUCUCGCGAUGUCUUCGUUUUUCAUUAAAGGAAAACCCAGGACCGAAAAAGCAGCGAAGCGCAAGUUCGAAAAAACCAGCUCCAACAAAAAGGAAAAAAUACCACGCAAGGAAAAGCCACCGGCCGAAUCGGAGGAGGAAAUCGAUAGCGACCAGGAGGAAGAACUAUCGGCUGCGGCUGCCGCGUCUAAGAAGAAAUUCAACUUUGAUGAUGAAGAUGAAGGCAUUGUGGAAACGCCCCAAGAUAAGCGUUUGCGUUUAGCCAAAAAGUACCUCAACGAGGUUGAGGAAAUCGAACGGGCAAAACGGGAAGACGACGAACUGCAUGAUGGUAUCACGAAGACACUGAGGGAGGAUUAUUUGGAUAGUGUGGGGAAAUUAUACCGAGAGGUUUCGGAUAACUAUUUUGGGUUCGAUUUGGCCGGUGCGGUCACUCUGAAGUUCAAACAGCAGCACCUUUCACCGACUUGCCUGUGUCUAACAGAAGACGAUCGGUUUUUGUAUGUGGCCAAUAAAAAUGGAAUUAUUGUUCGAUGGGAUUUGAACAAGAAGGAAAAAUUGGGUUCAACAAAACCGCAGCGGACGUCAGUUCAAUCGAUGGCAAUAUCGUACGAUUUGAAGUUUUUGGUGGUCGCCGAUGGAACCAACGAAAUUAAGGUUUUGGACGGUACGUCGCUGGAAACUAUUAACACUCUCAGUGGACACUCGAAUGUUGUCACUGGAGUUGUGUUUCGCAGAAACACCCAUCAGUUGUAUUCAUGCAGUAAUGAUCGAACGGUUAAGGUUUGGUCGUUGGACGAAAUGCUGUAUGUUGAAACGCUCUAUGGCCACCAAUCACCAGUUACCAGCAUUGAUGCGUUAGCUCGAGAACGCGCUAUUACAGCGGGAGGCAACGAUCACUCGAUCCGUAUUUGGAAAAUUGCAGAAGAAUCGCAGCUGGUUUACACCUGUCCAGCGACUGUAAAUAGCGUUGAAUGUGUUCGGUUGAUAGGUGACGAGCAUUUCCUUAGUUGUGGCACUGACGGCUCUCUAUCGGUUUGGAGCUCCGGUAAAAAAAGACCACUUCACACGGUUGCACUGGCCCAUGGCCAGACAUCGAACGGUGAAGCUAACUGGAUUAGCUCAAUCGCCACACUGUUGAACACGGAUGUGAUUGCGUCCGGUUCGUGUGACGGAUGGGUCCGGUUGUGGAAGCUUGUUGGUACGGGUAAGAAAAUCGAACCGUUGAUGGAAGUGCCGAUGGAAGGAUUUGUGAAUGCCCUUAAGUUUACCGCUGAUGGUAAGCGGUUGAUAAUUUGCGUAGGACAAGAACACCGACUUGGGCGAUGGUGGAGUUUGAAGCAGGCGAAAAACAGAACCGUUGUGUUGCCGCUGAAUGUUGUUGAAAAGGAAAUCAUUGGAAAUGUGAAUAAAGUCUUGUAA